AUGUGGAUUCGAGGCCAUGGCCCGACCACAAAGGGCUGUAUCAUGUUGCCACUUAAGCUAUCAUUAGCAGCGGUAUUGACCAUUUUGACCGCGUCUAGUGUGGCUACAGCUGACCCUUAUGUUUACACUUCUCCUCCAACAUCGCCAUACGAGCAUAAAUCACCACCAUCUUCUACUCCCCCACCCUAUGAGUACAAGUCACCGCCACCUCUUUUGCCUUCUCCUCCACAACCGUACGAGUACAAGUCUCCACCACCUCCUUUGCAUUCACCUCCACCACCGUACGAGUACAAAUCUCCACCGCAACCUUCACCUUCUCCUCCACCACCUUAUGACUACAAAUCUCCACCACCACCAUACGAGUACCAAUCUCCACCACCGUACGAGUACAAGUCACCGCCACCGCCUUCACAUUCUCCUCCACCACCUUAUGAGUACAAGUCACCGCCACCGCCUUCACAUUCUCCUCCACCACCUUAUGAGUACAAGUCACCNCGCCAUCACCUUCUCCACCACCACCAUAUGAGUACAAGUCACCACCGCCACCUUCACCUUCUCCUCUACCAGCACCAUAUGUGCUACGACUGGGCACACCCAGAUAAGUCCCAUAACAAGAAACAUCUCAAAGGUGCUAUUGUGGAGGUAACCUGCAAAGUGGGUGAUAAGAAAAUAGUGGCAUAUGGAAAGACAAAGAUUAACGGCAAAUACAGCAUCCGAGUGGAAGGAUUUGAGUACAGAAAAUAUGGGGCAGAGGUGUGCAAGGCUAAGAUUCACGCGCCACCCAAGGGGUCGAGCUGCAACAUCCCAACGAGCCUUCAUAGGGGAAACAAGGGAAGUGAGGUGAAAGUGAAAUCCAAGACACAAUAUGAAGUGGUGCUAUAUGCGAAACCAUUCGCCUAUGCUCCAAAGACUCGUGAUCACAAGGAGUGCAAGAAGCCAACUAAGCCAAACCCCCCCGCGUCUUACCCCUAUAAAUCCCCACCUCCACCACCACCAUAUGUUUACAAGUCUCCGCCACCAAAAUACGUAUAUAAAUCCCCACCUCCUCCUCCACCGUACGGGUACAAUUCUCCGCCACCUCCACCACCAACGUAUGUAUAUAAAUCCCCACCUCCUCCACCAUAUGUUUACAAAUCUCCGCCAACUCCACAACAAACGUAUGUAUAUAAAUCCCCACCUCCUUCACCACCGUACGUGUACAAAUCUCCACCUCCUCUACCACUGUACGUGUACAAAUCCCCGCCACCUCCAUCACCAAAGUAUGUAUAUAAAUCCCCACCUCCUCCACCAUAUGUUUACAAAUCUCCGCCAACUCCACAACAAACGUAUGUAUAUAAAUCCCCACCUCCUUCACCACCGUACGUGUACAAAUCUCCACCUCCUCUACCACUGUACGUGUACAAAUCCCCGCCACCUCCACCGCCAAAUUACGUAUACAAGUCCCCACCUCCUCCACCACAAUAUGUCUAUAAAUCUCCACCCCCUCCACCACCAAAAUAUGUAUACAAAUCCCCUCCACCACCACCGUACAUGUACAAAUCUCCACCACCACCACCAUCGUACGUGUACAAAUCUCCGCCGCCUCCACCACCAAAGUAUGUAUAUAAAUCCCCACCACCUCCACCACCUUAUGUUUAUAAAUCUCCUUCACCUCCACCACCAUACGUGUACAAGUCUCCGCCGCCUCCACCGCCAAAGUAUAUUUAUAAAUCUCCGCCUCCACCACCCACUUACAUAUACAAAUCUCCACCACCACAAUCACCUUCUCCUCCCCCACAAUACUACUACAAAUCCCCACCACCACCAUCACCUUCGCCUCCACCUCCAUACUACUACAUGUCACCACCUCCCCCCACACAUUAUUAA